AUGGAGAAUGUUUUAUCCUCGACUGGUGACGGUAUUGACCAAGCCAUUAAUCAGUGGCUGCAGUUUGACAAGAACCCCCAGACAGUGGCGUUGGUGCAGGGCCUGGUGAAGGAGGGGGCGGUUGGGGAGCUGCGGAGGUGUUUUGGCUCUAGGAUGGAGUUUGGGACGGCUGGCCUCAGAGCUGCCAUGGGACCAGGGAUCUCCUGUAUGAACGACCUCACCAUCAUACAGACCACACAGGGGUUCUGUAAGUAUCUGGAGCAAUGUUUCGGGCAGUGUCUGAAGGAGAGGGGGGUGGUGGUAGGGUUUGAUGCCCGUGCCCACCCUCCCAGUGGAGGCAGCAGUAGACGUUUUGCCAGCCUGGCGGCCGCCGUGUUCACCUGCCGAGGAGUCCCUGUCCACCUGUUCUGUGACAUCACACCCACACCCUUCGUGCCCUUCGCUGUGUCUCAUCUGGGUCUGUGUGCUGGCGUCAUGGUAACCGCCUCCCACAACCCCAAACAGGACAACGGCUACAAGGUGUAUUGGGAGAACGGUGCCCAGAUCGUGCCGCCCCAUGAUAAGGGCAUCUCUGUAGCCAUCGAGGCUAACCUGGAGCCCUGGCCUGAGUCCUGGGACAUAACCUCUCUGUCUCACAGCCCUCUGCUGAAGGACCCGUUCCAAGACAUUCACACAGAGUACUACAGGGCCAUCCAACAGCACUGUCACCACAGGGACAUCAACAAGAGUUCAGAGGUGAAGAUCGUGCACACCUCCGUGCACGGAGUCGGACACGCCUUCGUCCAAUCAGCUUUCAAGGCCUUUGACCUCCGACCCCCGUGCGUAGAGGAGCAGAAAGACCCCGACCCGGAGUUCCCCACCGACAAAUACCCCAACCCUGAGGAGGGGAGGGGGGUCCUGCAACAGAAGGGGCCUGUAGGGAUUAUGGGUAAUGUGUUGGGGGCGUUGCUGAGGAACAGGAGGCCUGUAGGGAUCAUGGGUAAUGUGUUGGGGGCGUUGCUGAGCAACAGAAGGGGCCUGUAG